AUGGACAAACUUCAGUCAUGGAAAGGCAAACUCCUGUUUGUAAGAGGCAAAGUUGUUCUAAUCACAAAUGUCCUGCAGAGUAUCCCAAUUCAUAUGUUGUCAGUAGUUAAUCCUCCAAAUUAUGUGAUCAACAAAUUACAUAGCAUUUUUGCCAAGUUUUUCUGGAGUAGCAAUGUCGGAGGCAGCACUAGACAUUGGGCGUCUUGGACUAACCUGUGUAUGCCUUUUGACGAGGGAGGCAUAGGCUUCAGGUCCCUGCAUGACGUAUCGAAGGCACUUUUCUGCAAAUUGUGGUGGAAUUUCAGGACUAAGCCCACUUUGUGGAAUUCAUUUAUUUGUCAAAAGUACUGCAAGAAACUAAAUGCAGUGAUUGUACCUUGGAAACGUGGAUCCCGUGUGUGGAGAAAAAUGCUAGAAUGUAGGGAUUUGAUUGAGCAUCAAAUCUACUGGAAACUGAGAAUGGGAUCAGCUCAAUUUUGGUUCGAUAAUUGGACUGAGAUGGGGCCUUAUAUUUUCAAGUGCCUGCAGAAUAUUAGACCACCAUUUGAAAGUUCACAGUUAGAUACUCCUUUCUGGAUGCUUGAAAAAAGGGGACAUUUUACAGUGUGGAAAGCAAAACUGUCACUUGAUGAUUUUUUGCGUAAAAUAGGAUACUCCAUUCCAUCUAAAUGUUGGUGUUGUGCUGAUCCUAAGGAGGAGUCUUUAGUUCAUUUGUUCUUCACAUCAAAUGCAGCUAGAAGUGUUUGGAGAUACUUCCUGAGGAGAGCAGGAAUUGCAUUAGAUGGGUUGUCUUUACAUCAAGCAAUUACAAAGUGUUGGACAGCACCGGUAGUACCUAGAUUGAAGCCAGUGUUACAAGCUUUACUUGCAUGCAUUGUAUGGGAACUUUGGAAGAGAAGAAACAGUUUGAAAUAUGGAGAAGCAGUGUCAGUGAGCAGAGUUAUCUACCAGGUGUCAUCUACGUUGCAAUCGCUGGUCCAACUGAAAAAGCCAGGACUACAUGUGCCUCACAAGUGGCUGGACUUACUGACAAUGAUGGAGCAAUACACACCUCGACUGAAAUAUGAUAAAGUGUUAUGGGAAUUUCCUUCAAGAGGAUGGAUUAAAGUGAAUAUGGAUGGAGCAUGUAGAGGAAACCCAGGGAGGAGUUCAAUUAGUUUUUGCAUAAGGGAUGAGGCAGGUGAUUUGAUAUAUGCAGAAGGAAGGGAGAUCUCUGAAGGAACCAACAAUGAAUCAGAAGCGGUAGCUAUUAUGGAGGCAUUGAAAAUGUGCAAAAAUCUUAAUUAUUGCCGAAUAUGGCUGUAG